AUGGAGCGGAUAUUUGAUGUAUCAAAGUACCCGGUUCUGUUCCCAUCUCUUCAUCAACACGAGUGGUCUUCACGCGACGUGGGUUCAAAGACCUUAAUAUCGAGAUCAAAGGAGAGAGCUCUGAGCUUGGGGACUUACACUAUAGGUGUCUACGGGGCAAGGGAACAGUUAAAUACCAAGUUUCAGUACCAGUUUGCAUACUGUUUAGGUUCCAAGACCACGAGAAUAUGUAGGAGGAAACAUAAAACAUUGUCUUUGAAGGUGGUAGUAAUAUGGGAUUAUCACUAUGGGAUAGUUUUGCAGUUUCCCCUUUCAAACCCAAUAAAUAAGAGAAGAUCGGUUUACUCUCACAAGCUAGACGAGGAUGUUCAAAACAACCACGAACUCCAAGCUUGGUGGAAGGAGUUGCGCGGGGAAGGUCACAGGGACAAAAAGUCAGAACCUUGGUGGCCAAAAAUGCAAAACCGUGAAGAAUUCAUGGAGACUUGCACUAUAAUUAUUUGGGUGGCCUCUGCUCUUCACGCCGCGGUUAACUUCGGACAGUAUCCGAUCGCCGUUUACCUCCCAAACCGGCCGACCAUAAGCCGUCAGUUCACUCCGAAGGAAAACACUCAAGAGUUUGAAGAACUUGAGAAGAAUCCGGACAAAUUAUUUUUGAAAACCAUCACGACUCAGCGUUAG